CGACUAUUUUACUGAGCAUGCGUGUUACACGUGGAAUUUACUUCCGGUUGUCACUAAAUUUCGCAUCUGCAAACUACAGAUAAGAAUCACGAAAAUAUAGCCAAUCGACCCUUCAUUCUGUUUAGGUGAGGCACCAUGCUAUUGGGAAGUCUAGUUAGAUGUUUAUUGGCACUGUGUGUGUUUGUGUCCGUACAGGCAGGGGAAGACUUCUAUGAGCUACUUGGGGUUCCCCGAGGCGCGAAUGACAAAGAGAUCAGGAAAGCCUUUAAGAAAAUUGCUGUCAACAAACAUCCAGACAAAAACCCUGAUGACCCAGAGGCUCAUGAUAAGUUUUUGAAGAUUACACGAGCUUAUGAGGUGCUAAAAGAUGAGGAUUUACGGAAAAAGUAUGACACCCACGGUGAAGAGGGGCUCUCGGAAAACUUUGGCCAAAGAAAGUAUGAGAGCUGGAAAUUCUACCAGGAAGAAUUUGGAAUAUACGAUGACGAUCAGGAGAUUAUAACACUGAGUCGAGCAGACUUUGAGAUGUCUGUUGAGAGCACAGAUGAUGUCUGGUUUGUGAACUUCUACUCCGGGCACUGCUCCCACUGUCACACCUUAGCUCCAACAUGGCGGGAGGUGGCCCGAGAGCUGGAGGGGGUGGUUCGUAUUGGGGCGGUGAAUUGUGAAGACGAGUGGCAGCUGUGUCGUAUGCAGCAGAUCCAGUCUUACCCAUCCCUUAUCAUGUACCCAGGGAGAACCAAGUACUUUGGCGACAAAACUCGUAAAGAGCUUGUUAAAUACGCCUUGAAACACACCAAGGUGCGAGUAUCUGAGCUAUGGGCGGGUAACUUCGAGCAGACCGUGAAGCAUGGCGAAAAUGAUCUCCCUUGGCUAAUCUCCUUCUGUGGAGAUGGGGGAGACUGUAUGACCUCCACAUCAGCCUUGAAGGUUGCAGGCGUUCUGGACGAGCUUGUGAAUGUCGGUACCAUGGAUUGCCAUGGUAACAACGAGAAGCUAUGUGAAACCCUUGGGCGGGAAUAUGGGACUGUUUUCUAUGCUGAUGGCACAGUUGAGAAAGGACAUGGACUGGAGAUAACGACGCUGGUUGCUCAAGAAGUGGCAAACCAGGUGCUUUCCCAGCUGCCAGACGUCACUGACCUCGAUGAGACCAAGUUCAGGGAGGUUCGCAAAGGGUUGAGGGAGGGGACGGAGGGCGCAUGGCUCGUACAUUUUGUUGAAGGGCAGGAGGGACGCCAUCUAGAGCUGAGAAAACUCCCCGCCAUGCUUGCGGAUAUCAACGUAGGUCGUGUUGACUGUCAGCUGAUGCGGGAUAUAUGUAACAAGCUCCAUAUUCACAAAUUCCCGAGCUUUCUCGUCUUCAAGGAGUCUGGCGGAUAUGAAAUCUACUACGGUAGGGUCACAGCCCAUGAUGUUGCGGCAUUUGCCCGGGAUGCCUCCCUGAUACGAUUGGAAGCACUCGGCCCCAGGGAUUUUGAGACUCAAAGGGUUGGCCCCUUCAGUUCACAGACAUGGUUCAUCGACUUCUUUGCCCCUUGGUGUCCGCCAUGUAUGAGACUACUUCCGGAGUUCCGUAAAGCUGCAAGAAAUAUCGGGGAGAUGGUCAAUUUUGGAACUGUUGACUGCACCAUACACGGAGACCUCUGUAGGACGUACAAUGUGAGAUCGUACCCGACCACAAUUUUCUACAACCAGUCUAAACCACAUGAGUACCGUGGCCAUCACAGUGUGCACGCCUUAGUCGAGUUUAUUCAUGACACCCUACAACCACCUGUGGUCAAGCUGAGUUACCAAAGCUUUCAGCAGCUUGUUUUAAACAAAGGGGAUGAUGAUAUCUGGUUGGUUGAUUUCUACGCCGACUGGUGCGGGCCCUGUCAACAACUGGCGCCGGAGUGGAGGAGACUAGCUAAGAUGAUGAAGCAGACGAAGAAUGUGCAUGUUGGUAUGGUAGAAUGUCAGGAAGAACAGAGCUUAUGUCAGCAACAGAAGGUCCAAUCCUAUCCAACUUUGAGGCUGUUCCCACCAAAGUCAAGAGGGGGAUCUUACUUUUCAUACAAUGGAUGGAAUCGAGAUGCAGAUUCUUUACGAGCGUGGGCGUACGAAUUUCUGCCAUCCAGUGUAGAAACCGUAACAUAUAACAGUUUCCAGAAAAACAUAGCCCAGAGCAAAGAUCCGUGGAUUCUGGAUUUUUAUGCUCCGUGGUGCGGACAUUGUCAGGUGUUUAAGCCGGAGUUUGAAAAAGUCGCGGAGAGUCUGAAGGGUAUUGGCAAGGCAGGUAAAGUUGACUGCACCCAGGAGCAGGGACUGUGUCGUCAAGCGGGCGUAAACUCUUAUCCUACCGUCCGUUUCUACCCUGGAUCCCAGGGUGGCACACAACAGAAUUACCAUGGCUGGGAUAUAGCCAGCCAGAAUGCAGAAGAAAUCAUACAAUUUGUAAAAAACAAUGUACCACAGAAGUCAGAUGUUCACGACGAGCUGUGAUGAAUCCUGCCAUUUCAGCACAAUCACUUACAGCUGUAACCUCCACACAAUAGAUCUGCUAAUAUAUGCCAGUUUUACAGAGCUAUAUAUGUUAUCUUUGAGUGAAAAUGUCAGUUUAAUGUAUAGACAUAAUAUCUCUUUAACGGAUGCUGUAGCUUAGUGUGUGCAUUUAUAGAUCAUAGUUAUUAAUGGGUAGUUCCAUUUUGUGAUACUUUUAUUUGUGAUUUAAGGUGAUAUUACUCGUAGCAUAGAAUUUUUAUGAAAGAGGAUAGGUGGCGAUUAUAGAAUGAAUUGUUGAAAUGUUACGAUGUUUAUUUAUUGAUUUCAUUCAUUAGUUUGACUGUUUUUCCUAAGAAAAAAGUAAUGGUUUUAAGAUUGCCUUGGUGUUGUUAGCAGAUGAUAGACUUGGUGUUGUUUGCAGCAGCAGCGGCCUGCAAAAUUUUCAACCUUGGCCGUUUCUCAAAAACCUUUCAAGAUUUUCACUUUGUACACGUGUUGCAAGAGCCAAUGUUUAAAUGUUAAACAAGGCAUAUAACUCUUGCUUUAAUAAUUAAUUUGUUUUAAAAUGUUAUCAGUUAUUUCUCAAAAACCUUUCAAGAUUUUCACUUUGUACACGUGUUGCAAAAGGCAAAGUUUAAAUGUUAAACAAGGCAUAUAACUCUUGCUUUAAUAAUUGAUUUGCUUUAAAAUGUUAUCUGUUAUUCAAACUUUAUAAAAUAGCAAAUAAAGCAUUGAAAUUAUGCCAAUAUGACUAGUGACAAAAAUAGACCAGCAGUAUUAUCUACUUGCAGUUCUCUUGUUCAUAUCUUCGUUAGAUGUUUGAUUGCUUUAAAAUGUUAUCUGUUUUACAAAAUGUAUUGCUGGAUAGAAAGGAAUCUUCACUCUUAUCUAUGCACUGUAUGUAGACUGGGAAGAUUUCACGGUUUGUGUGUGUGUGUCAUUCUUUGUUUAUGUGAAGGAUAUUUCGGAGGUUUCUUGAUGACGUGAUGUUGUCUUAUCAACGAGUAUACAACGAAAUAUCGUGGAGAGGUUUCACUACGGUGAAUCAAUAUUUAGCUGAUAACUGUCAGUAGGACAAGAGGGUAUUUUAAUAACAAUGAAAGUAAAACGAUGUAUUAAGUGUGUCAUCUGCAAUGUAACAUGUUUAUUUACCUGUUUCAUUGAAAUGGUAGCAUCCCUCAUAAUCGUCUUAUUGUAAAGCUGCACUCUCACAGAUUGACUGUUUUGACAACUUUUUUAUAUUUUUGUCUUGGAAUGAGCCAAUUUUUCAUAUGUCUGGAAAACAGUGAUACAAGACUGCUUACAAUGAGUUUAUCGGCAUAAAACAACAAAUUUAGAACGUAAAUAUAAAUGACUGCAAUCUGGUUUUUCGUCAGCAAUCUUGUCUCACUGGUUUCCAGACAUUUACUCAAAAAUUGUCUCAUUCCAAGACAAAACAGUCAAUAUGUAAGUGUGCAGCUUUAAACGAACCUUAUUUGUAUGCAUAUUUAUACAUGUGAGGUAUUGUAAAUUGCCUUAAUUUUGCGAGGGCUUUAUUUUCCCCAAAUUUGCAAUUCUAUCGUGUUGCAAUUCCAUAUGUUUUAGUUGAAAUAACUAAUGCACAUUUUGUGAAAACUAGUCAUAUAAAAAAGCUGUCAAAACAUAAAAAAAUAGUGAAAAAAUGUAUAUACAUGGAUUUAAUGUUAUAAAGCUUGCAAAAUUAAAGCAAUUUACAAUACUUAGUGCUCUUCUCAAAAACCUACUUCCUUAGUACUUAUUUUCUUUGCCAUAUUUUUUUGUUUUUGCCAAUUGUGUUUUAUGACUAAAUUUUUAUGAUGAAAUAUUUAUUUACAUUGUUAGCAUUUGAUUGCUUAAGCUAUGUUGACCGUUCUUUACUAUUAAUUGCUUGGUAAAAGAAUCUUCACUCUUAUCAGAGCACUGUAUGAAUGACUGGGUGGAUUCACUGAUUGUAAGCGUGGGUGUCCAUCCUUGCAUAUGUCAGUAAAAAAAUUAAUACAACAUUCAAUGGAAGCCCUCAAACAGCGAUGUCAGUGGGGAAGUAUUUGAUGUUCACUACAAAUUAGUGUGCCUCUUGACGUUGGCGUCAAUAAACAACUUUGCUCAUAUUUAGUUAAAUAUCUAAAAACAAAACUUCCCUGUCAGAAUUACUCUUAAAUUUAAAUUUUUGGUUUGCAAGAAAAAGAAUUGUUCUCAUGUUUGCAGGACGGAUGAAAAACCCGACCCUUGGGCACACUGCGUGGCCAGUAAUUCGGCAAGCCUUGUUACCAGCUUCCAUGCUUGUAAAAGAUACUAACUUACUUUAUUUUCUUUACCAUUUCCUUGUUUCUUUGUGCCAAUUGUGUUUUAUGACAUUCUUUUUAUGAUGAAAUGUUUCAUAAAGUAUUGUAUACAGUAAAUGUCAAAUUAAACAGCUUAUUUCAUAUAAACAACCUUAUAUACAUAACUGAUCAUCAAAUCUAGCGGCUUUUAAAAUAUUGCCGAAUGGGAAAAAAGUGUUAUUAUUUAGCAAACAGUGUUCUCAAAAAGGCUCGCACCUGGCCUGUUUAAUAUGACAUUUACGGUAAGUGAUACCAGAUUUUAUGAUACUGUAAUAAUGGUAACAUGAUCUAUGCAAACAAUGUUUUUGCCAUAUUUUUAAAUAAGAGAAAUAUGACAUAAGUAUAUGUAUAAGUAUUUGUAUUAAAGUUUUCAUAGUUUUAUUUAUUUGAAACAUUAGCAAUUAGUUAGCUUCAUCUGCAUACAUACAUUACAAGUAUCGCUAAGGUAUCAAUUUUGUCAAUUCAUAUGCAGUUCUUAAAUGUUCAGAUGUUAAAGCUGCACUCUCACAGAUUAAACGUUUGACUAUUUAUUUAUUUUUUUGUCUUUAAUGAGUCAUUUAUUGCGUAAAUGGUUGGAAACCAGUGACAUAAGACUGCUGACAAUAGAUCAGGUCACAGUUUUCAUGUUUACGUUCGAAAGUUGAUGCUUUAUGGCUUAAAGCAUCCCUUUAAAAUGAAUUUUUCGGCGGUUUUUCAGACAAUUGAGAUCUGUUCUAUUGUGAGUUAUCUUAAAUCACCGAAAGGCAUUGAUGCCAAAAUAAGCUUAUUCUGAAACAUUUCUUUAAAAAAUAUGUCUGUAAUGUCAAUAUUUGAGAGUGCAGCUUGAAAAUAUUUUUUGGGGUUGAAAAUAAACUUUGGAAAAUA